AUGAGCGAAUCUAUAUUGGUCGAUGAACCUAUUAGCCCCGCCACAAUUCUUUUGGAAGAUGAUUUUAUUUAUACCGAUAUAUUUGGUGAAAUUAAUAAUUUCUAUCAAAACUUUGACAUUGGUGAGAAACACUUAGUUUCCAACGCGUAUAUAAAUUCUUUAACAGUUUCUCAUCCUUUUUGUAAUCCUAGUAAUGAUAGCAAAUACAUAUCUCCAGAAGAACCUGUUAAUAGUCAGCAAUUUCAAUUGUUAAUUAAAGAACCGAGCUUUGACAAUUACUUUAUUGCAAAUCAAAGUCCGAUGACGGGGCAAACUUUAGACUUUAAAGACAAUUCAAAAGUCUUGUUAUUAAACGGACCUUUUGGCAUAUCUAAUUCAUAUCCUAUCGAAUUUCGAGCUACGACGGAAUUCGAUAAGAGAAGAGAGUCUCGGAAAGAAUAUAAUCGCAAUUCAGCACGCAGAUCACGUCAACGAAAAAAGGAGUUUGAAAGAAUUCUAAGGGAAAAAAUUGCAUUUUAUGAAUUUGAAAUACCGCGAAAAAAACAAGAAUUGGAGAUUAUUAUAAAGAAAAUAGAGGAAUUAAAAGUUGAAUAUCACUUUUAUAGUUUUGAGUCAGUAGACAAACUUUAUAACUUUUAA